AUGCCUAAUUUUGUCUCUGAAAACAGUGAUGAGGCUAAUUUAAAAUCUAACGUGAAUCACCCAGAACAGGUAGAGCUGCCGAAGCACAUCAUCGACAACGAAGAGCGAAAAUCGUUACAUGAACAAUUACAAGAAAACAAAGGUACGUACUUCGCUAUGGUGAUUAAAUUCGAGUACUAA